UACAAAACAACACGCCACACCUUCCGGCACGAUCGACUUUUUACCAGCCACCAACCGAUGACAGCGACAACAACAACGGAGACGUCGUCGGAUGAGACGCCUCGAGAGAGUUGCAGUGACGCGACGACGACGAACGUGGUGAUGUAUUCCUAUUCCUUAACUCAAAUUACCCCAUAUGCAUAAAAAGAUGAUUCCUUCAUUGAGACUGCUCACACGAUGUGUUCAUUUUGUGAGCAAAUCAUCAAAUCUUUUGCCUCCUCCGGUGGCUCAUUCAAACUUUGCUAAAUCUUGCUCCGUGUAUUUUUCCAGCAAACCAAUCGAAACGAAAAAGUUCAAACGUCGUAGAAUCUCCAGCAGCGAUGAAGAUGAAACGCCAAACUCCAAAAAUGAAACUCCUGCCAAAAAGCAAAGUUUAGUCUCAAAAUCUCCUGAGAAGUUAGUUAAAUCUGAUCCAGAAUCCACUCCAACAAAACCAGAGAAGAAAAGUCCUCCAAAGUCAGUUAAAAAGACCCCAGCAUCGGAGAAGAAGUCGAAGAAAUCAAGUCCCAAAGCAUCAAAGGUGAAAAAAGAAACAAAAUCCCCAACCCCCGUGAAAGACUCCAAGGCCAAGAAGGCAAACAAUGGUUCCACGAAAGUAAAAGAAGACAAGGAAGAAGAAGAAAAAACUCCAAAAGAAUCUAAAUCUGAAGAAGAAACACCAUCAAAAGAGAAAGUUAAGGAUGAGAAGACUUCUCCCCCAAGCAAGACCGAGGAAAAGGUCACUCUCAAAGAACUAAAACUCCAAACAGCUGGACAAGGUCAGAAAGGUGCCGACUAUGAUCCCUCAAAGAGAAACUACCAUCCCAUCAAUGAUGCCUUCUGGAAACGUGGUGAAAAAACCCCGUACUUAGCUUUGGCUCGAACCUUCCAACUGGUUGAAGAGAUAAGUGGUCGCCUCAAGAUGAUUGAAGUCUUAAGUAACUUCUUCCGCUCGGUGAUAGUUCUCAGUCCCAAUGACCUCCUUCCGUGUGUCUAUCUGUGUCUCAACCAACUCGCUCCAGCUUAUGAAGGCUUUGAAUUGGGAGUUGCAGAAACAUCUCUGAUGAAGGUCAUCUGUCAAACAACAGGCCGUAGUAUGGCUCAGAUUAAGUCCCAAGUCCAAUCGACUGGAGAUUUAGGAAUCGUGGCUGAGCAAUCGCGAAGCAAUCAACGCAUGAUGUUCCAACCGGCUCCUCUCACAGUUGACUCCGUGUUCCAUCGUCUGAAGGAGAUCGCCAAGAUGCAUGGCCACUCCGCAAUGAACAAAAAAGUGGACAAAAUCCAGUCGCUCUUUGUUGCCUGUCGCCACUCCGAGGCGCGUUUCUUUAUUCGUUCGCUUCUGGGGAAACUGCGGAUUGGCUUAGCCGAGCAGUCUCUGCUCCAAGCUCUCGCUCUAGCCUGCACAAAUACUCCCCCCAAUCAAAAGGAGUAUCCACCGAAGAUCUUGCAGGCGUCGAAGAAGCUCAGCGAGAGCGCCUUUAAGUCCGAAGUCGAUGAGAAUGCUCUGAUUCUAAAGACCACAUAUUGUCAAUGUCCCAAUUACGAUCGAAUCAUCCCCGUUCUCUUGGAACACGGUCUGGACGAGCUGCUCGAUUACUGUCCCAUGGAACCAGGCACUCCACUCAAACCCAUGUUAGCACAUCCCACAAAGGGAGUCCAUGAAGUGUUGGAGCGUUUCGAAGGCAUCCAAUUCACCUGCGAAUGGAAGUACGAUGGCGAACGCGCCCAGAUCCAUCGCGACGAGAAAGGAGUCAUCAGCAUUUACAGCCGAAACCAGGAGAACAACACUUCCAAGUAUCCCGAUUUGAUUUCUCGAAUUGAUGACAUCAAGAAGGACCACGUCGAGUCGUACAUCAUUGACAGUGAAGUCGUGGCUUGGGAUGUCGAACGGAAGCAGAUUCUUCCAUUCCAAGUUCUGAGCACGCGGAAGCGCAAAGAUGCCGACGAAGCUGAGAUCAAGGUCCAAGUUUGUGUCUACAUGUUUGAUUUGUUGUAUUUGAAUGGGAAGCCUUUGGUGACGAAGAAUUUUGUGGAUCGUCGACGCUUGUUGAAGGAGACUUUCAAUGAGAUCCAAGGGCAGUGGCAAUUUGCGACGAGUGUCGAUACCAACGACACUGAUGAGGUUCAAGCGUUCCUCGAGGAAUCAAUCAAAGGAAACUGCGAAGGUCUGAUGGUGAAGACUCUGGACAAAGAGGCGACCUAUGAGAUAGCCAAGCGCUCAAGAAAUUGGCUUAAACUGAAGAAGGACUAUCUCUCUGGAGUGGGAGACUCUCUGGAUGUUGUCGUGAUUGGAGGCUACAUCGGCAAGGGCAAACGAACCGGGACCUAUGGAGGCUUCCUGUUGGCCUGCUACGAUGCCGACAAUGAGGAGUAUCAGAGUAUUUGUAAAAUUGGAACAGGUUUCAGUGAUGAGGAUCUCCAGACCCACGCUGAAUUCUUCAAAAAGCACGUAAUUAAGGAACCCAAAUCUUACUAUCAAUACGACAGCUCCCACGAGCCCGACGAAUGGUUCGAUGCUGUUCAGGUGUGGGAGAUAAAAUGUGCCGAUUUGUCCCUCAGUCCUGCCCAUAAGGCGGCCAUUGGAAUUGUCGACCCAGAGAAGGGAAUCUCUCUGCGUUUCCCUCGAUUCAUUCGGAUACGAGACGACAAGACCCCUGAAGAUGCCACUUCAGCUCAACAGGUAGCCGACAUGUACUCGAAUCAGGAUCAAAUCAAGAACCAACAACAUGGAUCCAAGGAUCCUGAAGAUGAUUUCUAUUAGGAACCCAAAUCAUACAAAGAGAGAGUCAAUUUUGUUUAAGUCUGUUAUAAGCGUUUUAUUUUGUUUUCUUUAAUUUUAGGUAAAAACUAAUAAAAGAUCCUCGCUCGAA